CCUGGCGGGGACGGAGCGAGCAGAUCUCGCGUGCGCUCGCCGCCCGGCGCAGCCCAGCCCGGCCCCCGCCCGGCGCCGCGAGCCGAGGUGUCUCCCGCGCCCGCGCCCGUGUCGCCGCCGUGCCCGCGAGCGGGAGCCGAAGUCGCCGCCGCCCGAGCGCAGCCGAGCGCACGCCGAGCCCGUCCGCCGCCGCCAUGGCCACCACGGUGACCUGCACCCGCUUCACCGACGAGUACCAGCUCUACGAGGAUAUUGGCAAGGGUGCUUUCUCUGUGGUCCGACGCUGUGUGAAGCUCUGCACCGGCCAUGAGUAUGCAGCCAAGAUCAUCAACACCAAGAAGCUGUCGGCCAGAGAUCACCAGAAGCUGGAGAGAGAGGCUCGGAUCUGCCGCCUUCUGAAGCAUUCCAACAUCGUGCGUCUCCACGACAGCAUCUCGGAGGAGGGCUUCCACUACCUGGUCUUCGAUCUGGUUACUGGUGGAGAGCUCUUUGAAGACAUUGUGGCGAGAGAGUACUACAGCGAGGCUGAUGCCAGUCACUGCAUCCAGCAGAUCCUGGAGGCCGUUCUCCAUUGUCACCAAAUGGGGGUCGUCCACAGAGACCUCAAGCCAGAGAACCUGCUCCUGGCCAGCAAGUGCAAAGGGGCUGCAGUGAAGCUGGCGGACUUCGGCCUGGCCAUCGAGGUGCAGGGGGACCAGCAGGCAUGGUUUGGGUUUGCUGGCACACCGGGCUACCUGUCCCCUGAAGUCCUUCGCAAAGAGGCAUACGGCAAGCCCGUGGACAUCUGGGCAUGUGGGGUGAUCCUGUACAUCCUGCUCGUGGGCUACCCGCCCUUCUGGGACGAGGACCAGCACAAGCUGUAUCAGCAGAUUAAGGCCGGUGCCUACGACUUCCCAUCCCCCGAGUGGGACACUGUCACUCCUGAAGCCAAAAACCUCAUCAACCAGAUGCUGACCAUCAACCCCGCCAAGCGCAUCACAGCCCACGAGGCUCUGAAGCACCCGUGGGUCUGCCAACGCUCCACAGUAGCCUCCAUGAUGCACAGACAGGAGACAGUGGAGUGUCUGAAGAAGUUCAACGCCAGGAGGAAGCUCAAGGGGGCCAUCCUCACCACCAUGCUGGCCACGCGGAAUUUCUCAGUGGGCAGACAGACCACCGCUCCGGCCACAAUGUCCACCGCGGCCUCCGGCACCACCAUGGGGCUGGUGGAACAAGCCAAGAGUUUACUGAACAAGAAAGCAGACGGAGUCAAGCCCCAGACGAAUAGCACCAAAAACAGUGCUGCCGUCACCAGCCCGAAAGGGACGCUGCCUCCUGCCGCCCUGGAGCCUCAAACCACCGUCAUCCAUAACCCAGUGGACGGGAUUAAGGAGUCUUCGGACAGCGCCAACACCACCAUAGAGGACGAGGAUGCCAAAGCCCCCAGAGUCCCCGACAUCCUGAGCUCGGUGAGGAGGGGCUCGGGAGCCCCAGAAGCUGAGGGGCCCCUGCCCUGCCCAUCUCCAGCUCCCAUUAGCCCCCUGCCAGCCCCAUCCCCCAGGAUCUCUGACAUCCUGAACUCGGUGAGAAGGGGCUCAGGAACCCCAGAAGCCGAGAGCCCCCUAUCAGCGGGGCCCCCGCCCUGCCUGUCUCCGGCCCUCCUAGGUCCCCUGCCCGCCCCGUCCGCCAGGAUCUCUGACAUCCUGAAUUCGGUGAGGAGGGGCUCAGGGACCCCAGAAGCUGAGGGCCCCCCACCUGUGCCCCCGCCCUGCCCAUCUUCGACUCUUCCCGGGCCCCUGCCCACCCCGUCCCGGAAACAGGAGAUCAUCAAGACCACAGAGCAGCUCAUCGAGGCUGUCAACAACGGUGACUUCGAGGCCUAUGCGAAAAUCUGCGACCCAGGCCUGACCUCAUUUGAGCCCGAAGCUCUGGGCAACCUGGUUGAAGGGAUGGACUUCCACAGAUUCUACUUCGAGAACUUGCUGGCCAAGAACAGCAAGCCGAUCCACACGACCAUCCUGAACCCGCACGUGCACGUCAUCGGGGAGGAUGCCGCCUGCAUUGCCUACAUCCGGCUCACACAGUACAUCGACGGGCAGGGCCGGCCCCGCACCAGCCAGUCCGAGGAGACCCGUGUGUGGCACCGCCGUGACGGCAAGUGGCAGAAUGUGCACUUCCACUGCUCGGGCGCGCCCGUGGCCCCGCUGCAGUGAAGAGCUGGUUUCGCCGGACAGAGUUGGUGUUUGGAGCCCAGCUGCCCUUGGGCACACGGCCUGCCUGUCGCAUGUUUGUGUCUGCCUCGUCCCCUCCCCUGGUGCCUGUGUCUGCAGAAAAACAAGACCAGAUGUGAUUUGUU